AAAAUAGGGUCAUACGGAUAUUAAGAUUUAAAGACAGUUGAUCAUCUUUCUUGUGAUAUUUCUACUCAAAGAUGAUGAAUUUAGUGUGCACUGUUUUGCUUAGUAUGUUGAUUUUCAAACCUGGUUUUAUAAAAGGGUUCAAAAGAUUAAACACAUCAUUUGAGGAUGAUUCAAACAAAAUUGAAAACAGUACAGAUCUCUUAAAUAUUCGAUCGAUACGUGCAGCUGGUGAUCAAGCAGCAGAGGGAAGAUGCCAAGUUUUCAACUGGGGUGGAAAAUCUACUCUUCACUGGUAUAGCUGCUGCAAUAAUUGUAAAAGUAACAAUCCGUCUUAUACUCCUUCCUGCGACGGUGAAACCUACCAAUCCGCUUCCAGCACUAGCUACUGUAAUAAAUGUGGAGUAGACAAAGGCACUGGUAAUGCUGCCAAAUUUCAAAACGAGUUCAGAUGUGGUGAUUGCGAUGGCCAAAAUAAAAAAAACGAGCAUUUUGCGUUGCGGGGUUGA